GGUCAUAGUGGAACGUAGUCAUGCGUUUACACGGCAAGUGAACUAACUCGUUCUGAAAUUAGUCAUUUAGCGAGCCAACCACGCGGACCACAGACAUGAGGUCUCUUAUUUUAUUCGCCGUCGUCUUCCUGAUGACGGUGUUCGUGUAUUCAUCACCAAUAAACCCUAAACGCCUGUUAAUCAACAGACCGAAGGAACAUGACAUUUUCAAACGAUCAGCGCAAGUAAAAGGAGCGAAACCGGGAACUAAAGGGUACAACCCCCCACCCCCUGUAGACUUACGGAAAGGUGAAUUCAUGUGUGGGAACAGCGUCUGUAAACUCAAGCCGGGAGAAAUACCUAAAGGUUGCAAUGGGAUCUGUCAGUACCCGUUAGAUCCAAUGCCAUAAGUAUUAACAUAUGUACCUAUGUAUAUUUAUAAAAAAUAAAUAUAUCUUGCCAUUACAAAUAAAGCUUAGAAAAACGAAGUUGUCGUUAAAACGGAUUUUUGUCUUUAGAGUGUAUUUCAGACGUUUCUUGUGUACAUAGAGUUGCAACAUUAAAAAAAGUAUUUACGAAUAUAUUAAAAUAACGUUGUUAUAAUCUAUGUAUGUACCUGACUAAAAUGAACUUAAAAAAGUAAUAAGAAUAAGGAAAUUAUAAAGAACUCCUUAAAAAUUCUGUCAGCAGGGCUCCUCAGUCAGUCAUAAUGUUGGCUUGUGACUUUUUUUUCUAAUUUUAUACAUUUAUUAAUAAAAUAAAUAAAACGAA